GGCGGAGGCGCGGCCCCAAGAUGGCGGAGGCACCGCCUCAGCCCUCCCCCUGCCCGCUCGGCCCCCCCACCGUCCCGGCAGGAGCCGCGGCAGCAGCGAUGGCGUCGGGGUGUCGGAUCGGUCCCUCCAUCCUCAACAGCGACCUGGCGGCGCUUGGUGCCGAGUGCAGCCGCAUGCUGGACUGCGGGGCCGACUACCUGCACCUGGAUGUAAUGGACGGUAACGCCGGGGGCGGGCGGGAGCGGCCGGGCCGGGGGCGCGGGGGGCGGGCGGAGCGGCCCGCCUCUCCCUGUCUGCCCGCUAACCUGCGGGCGGGCGCGUCUCUCUCUUCGGCCCCAAGACACUUCGUCCCGAACAUCACCUUCGGCCACCCCGUCGUGGAGAGCCUACGCAAGCGGCUGGGCCAGGAGCCCUUCUUCGACAUGCACAUGAUGGUGGCCGCGCCAGAGCAGUGGGUGAAACCCAUGGCAGUCGCUGGGGCAAACCAAUACACGUUCCAUCUGGAAGCGACGGAUAAUCCCGGGGCAUUGAUAAAGGAUAUUCGGGAGAAUGGGAUGAAGGUUGGCUUGGCCAUCAAGCCUGGCACUACAGUUGAACAUUUGGCACCUUGGGCCAAUCAGAUAGACAUGGCUUUGGUGAUGACGGUAGAACCUGGGUUCGGAGGGCAGAAAUUUAUGGAAGACAUGAUKCCAAAGGUUCAGUGGCUGAGGACACAGUUUCCCUCCUUGGAUAUAGAAGUAGAUGGAGGAGUUGGACCYGACACCAUCCAUAAGUGUGCAGAGGCAGGUGCCAAUAUGAUCGUGUCUGGCAGUGCUAUUAUGAAGAGCGCAGACCCGAGGUCUGUGAUCAACCUGCUCAGGAAUGUGUGUUCAGAAGCAGCCCAGAAGCGCAGUCUGGAUCGAUGAGAUCUGCCCAAGCCGUGUUCCAGAAGGCUCUGGGUGUGCAGGAGAACCCUUUUCUGGUGCUUAAGGGAGGGCUGGAUGGACACCAACUACAUAAACUUCUUGCUGCUGAACAGAGGAAUCAUGCCUUCGCUGCAGUGAAGCAAGCAGCAGUGUGAAAUGUGGCUGUCUUUCAGGGUUGGAAAUGCAAUGGUUUGAACCUGUCUUUUGAUUUUUUGGAGGCUGAUUUUGUGGCACAACCUCUAAUGCUGUCUGGAUUGAACUACAGUCAAUUUGUUGCUUGCUAGAAGAGUGUAGCAUUGCCACAAGAAUCUCUCUUGUGGAAGACUCUUAAUCAGAUAAACUGCCUUCUGCUGUCUGUA